CGACAUAAAGAUCGUACGUACCUAGUGUACCUCUAGCUGACGCCCCUUCAGUUAUACCCAGUCCCAUACCUCUCUGAUCCUGAUGUCCAGUAUUACGAGAAAGUUAAAGUUAUUUUUUUUUCGUUGAGUAACUCUACGAUUAGGUUCACGUUCACGUCGCAGGAGUCUCACCAAGCGCCGAUAGUCAUACAUAAGAAAGCAUUCUAUCAUGGACAGCGACGACGAGCUGCUCCAGUCUCUGCUGGACAAGCAUGACACCAAACCGUCGAGCAACAAGCGCCCGCCCGGAAAUCUGUAUGCCAAAGGGAGUGCGCCACCACCACCGCAGAGCGGCCACUCGGCGAACAAAUUCCACAGUUUCGACGACCUCGACGGCAUUCAGAUUCGACUCCCGCCCGCGGGAUUCGAAUCCCGUGGUAGAAGUACAGCUGCCACUCACGCACCGCCUGACGAUGGGAUAGGGAUUCAGAUUCGAGCGAUCUCGACAACGACGGCUGGAGGUCCGAAAAGCCAUCACCGGCAAAGGGAGAGCGGCUUCGACCGAGGUGCGGGUGGUGCAAGAAUAGCAGCAGCUCCACCAGAACCACCCGCGCCGCCGCCACCACCUCCGCCGCCCGGGACGUCGUCGUCCGCGCACCACAGCACCGGGUCCCGGUCGACGCGUGGUGGGCAGCAUAAUGGACUACAUCAGCACGGUAGUAGUUCUUCGCAUAACGGUGGUGGACCGGUGCCGCCCCCGCCACCGCCCAAGGAUCCAAACACGAGCUGUCUGAACCCCAAGUGCCCCCAUCAGACCACAGGUCGGUAUCCCGAGAUCUCCCGCUUUUCCCGCUUUUGCCAGGACUGUCGCUUCUAUUCGGGCGACCCAUUCAAGCCGGCGGCGAAAAUUCUGGGCGUGCACAUGUGCAACCGGUCGGUGAAGCAGGCGAAUUUCGAAGUCCCGGUGUACCCACAUUCCUACCGCAAGGAGGACAUCGUGCGCACGGCAAUGGCGGUACCCGGGGCCGGGAAUCGGGUCCAAAACUACCUGCAGCUUGGGCCUCUGGGACAGGCGGAAAGGCCGAUCGAGCUGAGAAAUCUCGCCGACAACCCGAACCACUACAAGGACGAACUGUCGCACAGAUGGCGCGAGUCGGGGGUUUCCGUGUACGUGUCCGCGCCGCCCAGUGUUGGCGAGCAGCGGGUUUUGAAAAUCGACGCUUGCCACGGGGAGGACACGCUGACAAAAGAUGACAAUGUGCCGCUAAACUUGACGCAGUUCCUGAACGAGGCAGCCCGGACGUACGUGAUGUACGGGCAACCGUUUUCGUUGAAAGUCAGGGUGGUCUUUAACUUACGCGCCAAGGAAGACGACUGCAGGCUGGGGUUGCUCGAGAUGAGUCCGCCCAUCCUGCCCGAGACGAUUUUCGCGAAGAUCACUCGUAUUUUUAGAAAAUUUUUUUUCACAUCAUUUUGGAUUUGUCAUGUUGUUGUUUGCCUCGAAUCUUUUGGUUCUCUCAUGUCUGUACUCUGCUCUUCCUAUUGAAGAUUCCUUUUCCUGCUCGUGAGAAGAAGUAUAAAGUUUUGAAUUCUCGAUCCAAGAACGCCACUGUACUACAGAGCGCAACGUGGUGCCUUCCGCCGAGGACAAGGUGCGUGUGAUCACAUGGGUGGAAGAGCACCUGCCGGAAGACAACAGCGACGAGGACGAGAUCCAGCUGCUGGACCCGCCGGAAAUGUCGCUGACCUGCCCCAUGAGCAUGGAGCGGAUCAAAAUCGCCGCCCGGGGGAAGAUAUGGAAUGCAAAAAUGUCUGGGUCUGGAAGAAUUCGAACUUGUGAUGCGCAUCUCAGAACACAGAAAAAUCUGUCAUGCAUAGUUAGCAAAAGUUGCCCGCUUGUUUCUGUCACCAAAACGGGGGAUUUGUCAUGCGGAUUCGGCAUUGCGGAAGCUUCUCGAAACCUGUGAUGCUAGAGCUUCCAUUUCAGACCUUCUGCGUCAUGCAAAAACAGCAUGAGUCUUCCAGAGUCAGACAUUUUUACAUUUGAUAGAAGAACUGCACGCACCUGCAGUCCUGGGACCUGGCGACCUUCAUCGAAACUAGCAAGCUCGCCCCGCCGAAGCGCCGGUGGGUCUGCCCGAUCUGCGACGUGGUUUGUUUACCGGAUCGGGUGGUGCUCGACAGCUUCACGCAGAAAGUGUUGAAAACCGCCGCGGCGAAUGUCGAGUCCGUUUUAAUCUCCACCACGGGCGAGUACACUGCCUCGAAGCUCGAGGACGACGACAGCGGUUUCUCUUCGGACGACUUCAACCCGAACAGUUUAAAAGCGAGAAUAGCCGCGACGACCGGACAGAAAAAGAACAACAAUAUUAAAGCGCAAGCCGGUUCUUCGCAGUUGGAGCAACGGCGGGAAAAGGACCGCCUGAAGCGGCAGGAGAGAGAAGCGGCGGCGGAGAGGGAACGGAAGAAGAAGGACUGGGAGAAGCUGCAGUUCGCCCGGUUCGGCUGGAUGGAGGUGGGGGAAAACUGCGACUACUGCGGCAAAGCCGUGCAGUUUCACGGCGGGAUCGUGUGCGGACGAGCGGUCAAGAAGAAACAGGAUAACCGCGGGUGCGGGAAAAAAAUCUGCUGGAAGUGUUUUCGCAACGAGAGGGAUCCCUGCAAAACGACCAAGCAGGAAUUUGAGGAAUACGGGGCUGCGGCUUGGUGGAUGCACGAUAAGUGCAUGAAUGACAGCGACAGAGCAGCGUAUCUAUUUAGAUGGUGUUUUUUUUCGCAUUUUUGUGUGUGUCUUGAACUUCAAGAAAGAUCAAAAUGUUGAAUCCUAGUAUACCGAUGCUAAAGAAAGGCCCGAUUCCAGCACCGCAGCCUCUCUAGGCUGCAUUGUCACAUGGAUCGGUGUCUGAUACAAGCGUCGAAAAGCAAACCCGUCGGAAUCAGAUGCGCAUCCCUUUUCUGAGAAGAUAUUCACUGGGAAGCCACAGACGGCGGAACAAUUUCUCCAAUGGCAGAUCUUCUACUUGUGCGAAAGUAACAGAAACUGAAACGUAUUCAAACUACUUAGAAAGACAAAAGCAAAUAUGGCCGCAUGCACAUUUAUGUACUUCCAUCCAUUUGCAGAAAUAGAAAAUUUUCUUUACUCAGAACACAAAAAAACUAUACAGAUACUAUGGUGAAGAGGAAGAGGCCGCCGACGAAAAGCCUGAGCCGCCACCAGAAAAGCGACAGAAAACCAGCCGCGACCGCGGGAGAGACCGCGAGCGGGACCGAGAUCGCGAUAGGGACCGAGAUCGCGACCGAGAGCGUGAUCGAGACCGCGGUCGCGAUAGAGACCGUGGCGACCGAGACCGCGAGCGGGAGCGUGAGAGGCGCAGAAAGGACAUAGGUGACGAGGACGAAGAGGACGAUGGGGGGAAGCUCGCGUGGGAGUGAAAGAGGUGCGGUCAACAUGCCCCGUUCCGAAAGGGAUGCGCACGCUUAUCGCAAUAACACAGACAGGACGACAUAUUUGUACGACGACAUGCGCCGGUGCAGUGGACCCGGCGCUCUAAAAGCUGCCUCAAAAGGUAGUACGAAGCAUCUUCCUUGCAGUCGCACAGA